AUGACCUUAAAAGUCAAACAAUUUCAAACAGCAGUAAGCGUUAAUGAUUCAACGGGAAGACUGUUGAAGUACGACGUCAGAAGCAAGCAAGUGACGGUGUUGUUUAGGAACCUUUCGUUCGCUGCAGGGGUUGCAGUCGAUAAAGAAGAGAAAUUCGCCCUGGUUUCCGAGUUCAUCGGGAACAAGACUCGAAAGAUUCGACUCCAGGGUCAUGAACCGCUAAUCAUUUCCUUGCUUUUCAUCUUUGUUUUCUGUUUUCCUUCCAUGGCUAAUUCUGAAUUUUUCCGAUCGAUUCAAUUGCCACCGACCGCUACAGGUCCCGAAUCCAUUGCCUUUGAGCUUGCAACUGGGCGAUUCUACGUAGGUGUAGCUGAUGGUAGAAUUCUACAAUACAACGGACUAAAUGGAUUCGUAGAGCAUGGAUUCACAGGUCGAGACAGGUCUAAGGCAUUGUGUGAUGGCGUUACUAAUCCGGAUUUGGGGCGCGCGUGCGGAAGACCGUUCGGUUUAGGCCUACAUUACGCAACGAAUCAGCUCUAUGUAUGUGAUGCAUACCUUGGUCUCAUGGUGUUGGGUUCCGGUGGAAGAGUAGCAACCCCAGUCUCGGCUGGUGUAGAGGGCGUGCCUUACCGCUACUGCAAUGGCAUAGAUGUUCACCAACUAUCUGGAAAUGUCUUUUUCUCUGAUUACACCACUGCCUAUGAUCUAAGAGAUGCUACGAAAGGAUUGGCGUCGAAUGAUUCAACGGGGAGGUUGUUAAUGUACAACCCGAGCACGAGGCGAGUGACAGUGUUACUAAGGAACCUCUCAGGGCCAGCAGGGGUAGCAGUUAGCCAAGAUGGUCAUGUUCUGGUCUCUAACUACAAUGCUAACAAUACCAUAAGGUUUUGGCUCAUGGGUCCUAGAGCCGACACCUACGACAUCAUAAACAUCCGGAGGCCGAAUAACAUCCAGAGAACCCUACUGGGAGACUACUGGCAGGCAGCGGCGAUGGUGAAACAAGAGACCCAGACAUUGGUGCCGAUAGGCCAACGGAUCAACAGCUUCGGCAGGGUCCUUCAGACAAUAAAUUUAGAACGAUGGUAUGGCAAUAACUUAGUCAGUGAAGUGCAGGAGUUCCAGGGUUCACUAUAUAUAACAUCUCCAUCUGUGGACUUUAUCGGCGUCUAUACAGUCUAA